AUGGAACCCAAACCUCAGAAGAGUUCAGGGAAACAAUUUACAUUAUAUUAUGAAAAUGAAGUCUGCAAACAAGAUUACUUUAUUAAAUCACCACCUCCUCAGCUUUUCUUCUCUGCAACCUCUUGGAAAAAGCGGCUUUUCAUCCUGUCAAAGAGUGGGGAAAAGGGCUUUAGUCUUUCCUAUUACAAAGACCAUCAUCACCGAGGUUCUAUUGAAAUUGAUCGAAAUUCCAGUGUAGAAGUUGGCAUCAGUAACCAUGAAAAAAUGCAAUCUGUACAGAAGAUGUUUAAAUGCCAUCCUGAAGAAGUGAUGACCAUCAGGGCCACCAAUAGGGAAUACUUCCUCAUUGGCUAUGACAGGGAGAAGAUUAAAGACUGGGUCUCCUUCUUGUCAUCACUCUGCCGGAAUAUAAGAGCAGCACACCAGAAUACAGAGGAGAGACUCUCACUGGGUGAUAGAAGGCCCUCUUCAGACCCCAUCCAUCUCCUUGGUCCUUACCGCACACCAGAGGCUGUCAGCACAACCACAACAAGAAAAAGUCUUCCAGACAUGCAUUCAAUGGAAAAAAGUUCUUUUUUAAUGGAAAAAAUUUCUUCAGGACUCAGAGAAGCUCAUCUACCGCAUGCCUUCUUGUCAGACACCACUCAAGAUACAGAAGAAGAGAGUCAUUAUAUUAAUCCUCGAAGUAUUCUUUUAGAGUGGGAUAAUAUUCUUGCUGCCAGUGAUUCUGGUGAAUCCAUUGAACCCAUUGGACCUGGUAGUCCAGACCAGGUCUCCAAGGCAGUUGAGCAUCAUUACAUGUCAAUGAAAUCCUGUUCCAGAGAGACGUCCCAUAAGUCUGCUGAUGGCAAAGAGGAAUCCCAGACCCUGGCAGAUAUCCUGAAUGGGGAGCUUCACCCACAAGAACAAGGCUCAGGAACAGGCUCUUGUCUUUCACCUGCCAAUACGGAAGCACAGAUCACGAAUGACAAAAAGGGGUCGGCCUCACUAAGUGUUGUGCGAUUGUCUAUACUAAUCAAUAACAUCCCCGAUGAAAUCCAAGUGGAGAAACUGAACCUGUUCCUUUCUCCUCCUGACAUCGUAAACUAUCUUGCUCUCAGAGAAGCUGCAGGACGGAUAUGUGUGGCUCAGUGGGAUGGCCCCCCGCACCUGGGAUGCUUAUUUUUUCACGGAGAUCACCUUUUGGCCGUGAAUGACCUGAAGCCCCAGAGCCUGGAGGAGGUUUCCUUGUUUCUCAGCCGGUCCAUCCAGAAGGAGAAAGUAAAACUCACCAUCGCUCGGAUCCCCAAUUCAGAGAAAUUCCACUCAAUAGCCUGUACAUGCCACAUACAAGACCAAGGUAUUAAACCUUCUAAACUGGAUACGUCUGUACUGGAGAGGACACUGGAGAGGAGUCUGGCCAUUAAAAGGGGUCAGCAGAAAGGCUCUGGAGAGUAA